AGACAAUUCACCAUUUAUUUUUUCCAAAAUAUAUAUAUAUAUAAAAGAAAUCUCAAAAAGCUAUUACUUACUCGAUAAAUAGUGGAGGGAUAAUUCAAACCAAGAAGGCAAGACAUCUCCAAUAAGCAAUUCACAGGUACUUACUAUACACGACACGAUGAUGGGAACAUACAAUAAUUAUUGCACACAUUCGCUCCUAAGAGAAGAAAAUGUUGGUGAAAGAUUUGCAUUUAAAUGUAAUGGUUGUAGAGAAUUUGGAUAUGGAUCUCGCUAUACAUGCCAACCACAAUGUGAUUACCAUUUGCAUACUUCUUGUCAUAAUGCUCCUCCUACAAUGUCUCAUCCUUUCUUUAAUCAAGCCCAAUUUGUGUUAGAUAAAAGUGUACUACCCCCAACAAAUUAUCACUACUACCAAGGAAUGUUACCAAAUUUAUGUGUUGCUUGUGGAACUAGUGUGGAAGGAUGGAGGUAUGUUCUUACUAUCAAUGGAAGUUAUCCUAUAUUUUUACACCCGUGUUGCAUGGCACUACCUCACCCAACGUUGCAUACGAGACUCGAAAGUAUCGAUUGUGUGCAUUGUCGAUACAAAACGAUGGUAAAUGAAGAGGUUAAGGGGUGGGCGUACGUUAAGCUUGGUGUUGCGGUGCAUGUUAAGUGCAUGAAAGAAAUGUUGCAUGAAGCUUGGAUGAAAAGAUAUAAUAAUUCGCCACAAAAUGUACAUGCAAACUACUAUAAUUAUUGUGACGGCACUCAGGAACGUGGUCUAGCCAAUGGAGGCGGAGUACCAGGGCAGCGCACGAGGAAGCGCGACUAUUUAUUGUAUGGGUUGGACUUGUUAGCACAAGUGUGUAGCAUUUUCAACUCACUUGGUUUGAUUCAUUUGGAUUCAACCCAAGUGAAUGAGGCAUUGGUGGAAUUUGCAAGUUAUAUUUGGGGAAAUUAAAUUUUUAUUUUGCACGUAAAAAUUAAAAGGACUCGUCCUCAAUUAUUAAAUUUUCAUUUAGCAUAUCUGUUAUUCUGAAAAACAGUCAGAAUUAAAUUUUUAUUACAAAGUUAAAAGAAAAAAUCUUUAACCAUUAAGAUAAUGAGCAUUUCUUUACUCAAAUUCUUGU